ACAAAUGCAGGAAGUUGUCUGAGCCUUCCACAGGACAGUUUGCCAUAUCAUGGAUGGCUCUUGAUCUCCUACAUUCCCCAGUUCGCGCGCAUCAUUGGUCGCAAAUCGGCAGAAGGUCUCUCGACUUUGUACAUUCUUCUGGGUUCUCUUUCUGGAACUUGUGCUGUGGCCAAUAUCAUGGUCUUGCCUUCGAGUCAAACGGAUAUCGCUUGCUGUAGACAUUACACGCGCUUUGGAUGUAUCUCGCGUUUGUUGGGAAUCUUCCAAGUCGUCAGUGGUGUAUCUUUAUUCUGGUGCAUCAUGUUCCUCUAUGUCUACUUCUCAGAAGAAGAAGCAGAUGCCGAACUCCAUGGUCGUCGUCGCUCUCUGUCUUCUCCUGACCGCACUUUCCGCCGUGCUCGCCGCGCUAUUCGUCUUUUGAUCAUUGUGGUUGCUUUUGCAUUUGCAAUCAUGCUCAUCAGUGCUGUCAUCUUGAACCGCUUCCCUUGGUACUCCCAGGAAUGGGCUAAUGUGCUCGGUAUCUGUGUUGCCUGCUUUGCUUGCGUGCAGUGGGUGCCGCAAGUGUGGACCACCAUCCAUCUUGGCCACCUUGGAAGUUUGAGUUUGGCGAGUAUCUGUAUGGGUGCGCCUGUGAGUCCUCACCUCCCUUUGAUUAUC